CUCCAGAUCAUAGUAGAUGGCUGAAAAUGUUGAAGAGGAGGCUUUGCCCCAUACAACCCUCCAGACAGAGGAGAAUGUAGUGGUGGUAUCAAUACCCAACGACUCUGUAGAGAACAUCCCUCUGGAGGGUCAGCUGAACUGUGACAACCUCUCCUCAGAUAUACUGCCCCCAGACAAUGCUGGGACAGAGGAUAUUGUACUGGAGAAUCCCAGUGGGGUGUCUACCUCGGGGCUAUCACUGGGGACGCCACUGUUACAAUGGACCCCCCAACAAACCAUGUACACCAGCGCUGAGGCAAUACAGCAGGAUAUCCAGAUACUGCUUGGAAAAUUGAGGGAGUAUGGACAAGAGAGCUUGCUAAUCACAGCUGACAAGGAGGCAAUACGAAUGGACGGUUCAUCUGGAGGGAAAGAGUUUCUCAAGGACCACGAGGGUGUAGCAAGGUCAUUUCAUCAGAGAUGUUUUGGUAGUGAUGACCAAAAGCCAAGUGCUGAUGAUGUUGAUGCAAUUGAAGGUGCAAAUGAGAUGCCGUUUCAAGAGCUAGAAGAUGGUGUUACAGAGAACUUAACUCCUGAAGGGAAAGCACAGCCAACAGCAUCAGAGGGGCCUAUCCUAAAGAAAAUAGAUCAUAAACCAGCAAGUGGAAAAACAGAAAAAUCAGAAACAUCUCCAGCACCUGUACGAAAACGAGGAAGACCGCCAAAAAUUAAACCUGCAGUUGUAAAUGAGGACCAGCUGUCAGAAACCAGUAAGGAUAUUGAAACAGAAACUGCAAAAAUAGAUAACACAGUCAAGGAAACUCCUGUGAGGAAAAGAGGAAGACCACCCAAAAAACGUAAUGCAGAUACCACACCGCUAGAUACCAAGUCAGUAGAGAAGAAAGAGGAAAAUUUAGAGGAAACUGAAGACAGCCCUGUCAAGCUGCCAUACACAGGGAAGAAAAGGGGAAGAAAACGAAAAGAAGAAGUGAUCUACACAGAAGAGGAGACAGACAGUAGCUCAGGGGGAAUCAGGAGAAGCAGUCGACCAGUAAAGAAAAAAAUAAAAGAAUCUCUUGGUUAUGCCCCACCUAAAGAGAAAGGGAGACGAUCUGGAAUUGGAACUGAGGACCUAAAGAUCAAAAAGGUACCACUAUAUAAAGGCACUGCCAAGGACAAAGAAAACAAGGAAUUGGAAACAGAUGAAGAUGAGACUGAAAGAGAUAUAGCAGAUGAGUUAAUUUCGUUGUCAAAUAACGAAGCGAAUGAAAUGGCUGGUAAUAGCAGUGACAAUGAGGAAUCAAAUAAGCUAGUGUGCAGCAAUUGUGGAUUUUCUGCAGAUUCCCAAGAAGUGAUGGAGAAUCACAUCCGAGUGGAACACCCCAAAAUAUGGGCUCAGAUCCUGAUUGAUGAUACCAAAAUCCUGCUAGCUCUUGGUAAAGAUCCUUUGAAGGUGCAGAGGCCAAAAUGUGAUGAUACAACACUGAAGAAAGAGCCACCAAAGGAAAAGAAAGCAGAAGUUUUAAAAAAAGAGACCACCACUAAAGCACCUGUUGUGAAGAAGAAGAAAUUGCCACUGGAACACAGAUCAUCUGGUCACUAUAGCUGUACUGUGUGUCAGAAAAAAUAUAAAACCAUUUGUUUACUUAACGCUCACAUGGGUUUGAUUCAUAAAGAUAAGAGGUAUGCCCAGAUAAAGAGAAGAAAAGAAUUGAUAAAAUACAAACAGAGAUUGAUAGCCAUGAAGAAGAGAGAAAAGACAGAGGACAAAGAAGAGAAUAAUACAGCAGACACAACAAAGGAAGAUGAGGAAGGUGAAGUGAAAGAAGAAGGUGAAGGUAAAGAAGGUGAAGACAAGGAGGGUGUAAGUGAGGAGGAAGAGGGGGUGAAAACUCAGGUAAAAGUGGAGAAUGUGAAGGUUAAGACCGAACCUAUUGAAGAAGAAGAGGAGAUUAGGAGAUCGAAGAGGUCCUCACGGAGGAAAUCCAGAAAACUGGACGAUUACGAAACCGAUCUGCCAGAGCUGUACGGGUCAGAUAACGAGGAGGAAUUAGACAUGAAGGCCCAUUAUGAUGAACCUAAUGCCUGUACUCUCUGUCUGAAAGAUUGUGGAAGUGAAAGUGGAUUAGCUGAACAUCUGAAGAAAACCAAGCACGACGAGAUGAAAGUAACUCCUUUUCCUUGCUUAACCUGUAACCGUUUUUUCCUGACAAUGAAGACCCUGGAGCUUCACAUGACACAAUCUGGUCAUAUGGGAGAAGAGAUGGGUAGUUUGGAUGGAGAGAUUGAAGUCACCAGGCAAACUUCCAUGUCCAAGCGGGGGAUUUUAUUGUACAUUUGUUCCCUCUGUAAGCGUGAAUUUGUCAAAAAGGAGAACUGUGUAAGUCAUUGUGCAAUGAAAGUCUGCAAAAAGCCUUGGAAAAAAUCUUGUCCAAUAAUGACUUGCAAGAAAAUGUUUUUUGAAAACAACAUGUUUUUCCACCAUAUGACAACAGAACAUAAAGAGGAGUUUCCAUUUGUGUGCCCAGUUCAAGGAUGUAAGCGACUUUUCUUCCACACAGCAGCCUUGAACUCCCAUAUAGCAGCACACAAUUCUGAGAAGGAUGGCCAUUUUCCACCACCUAGACCUAUAGAGGAUGGCAGGAAGAGAUGUGGUUACUGUGGCAUGUUGUUCACCUACAAUGAAAACCUGCGUCAACAUGUCAAGAGAAUUCAUGAUAACGAAUUAUUUGGACAGCACAAGGAAAUCGUCGAGCAUAAUCAAGCCGCUGAACCAUUCUCAUCAAAUAAGAAAUUUCUGAAAGUGGAGUCUCAAAGUGGAGGUAAAGCUAAGGAUACAGAUGAUGUGGAUAAAAUAGAUACCUUUAAAAAGAUGGACAAGCGGCAAGUUACCAUCCGCAAUCACGUCAAGGGGAAUGAGUUCAAAUGCUACACAUGUGACGAGACUUUCAGUCAUAUUGAUGAUGUUGGUGACCAUAUGGUGGACACUGGUCAUUGUGGACUUCCAUUAAAUGCCCUAGAUGGCAAGAGAGACCUCAGAAUCAAAAUACGUAACACAGGGGAACAGUACUAUGUUUGCACUCUCUGUAAAAUGGAAUUCAAGAGAAAAGAUGGGUGUGAAAAACAUGUUGAAGCUGCAACCUGUAAGAAGAAAUACAAGAGAUUGUGCCCUAUUAUGGACUGUAGAAUUUUGUUUAGGAACUUUAAUUAUUUCAAAGCACAUAUGUCAACCAUGCACAAAGAUGAAUUUCCCUUUAAGUGUGAAGUAUGCAAUAAAGAAUUUGAGCAGACCUCUGCAUUGAAUUCCCACAGAAACUCCCAUUAUAAAAGCACUCAUCACAUCCAGGCCGACGUACUCAACUCGGAUAAACCAAUGACUUGCCACGUCUGUAAGGAGCGAUUCAGAAAUAACAGAGAAUUAAGAGCACACAAAGAAUCAAAGCACGAAGUCAACAGAAGGUACAUGUGUGAUAUUUGUGGUAAGAAGUACAAAAGGAAGGAAAAUCUGAAAGACCACAUUUUUAUGGUACACAAGAGAGACCCUGCAAAGGACUUUGUAUCUUGCCCAACCUGUGGAAAAGCUCUUGCCAAUCAGAGAUCUUUGAAGUUCCACUUACGAUUUGCACAUUCAGAUGCCAAACCAUGUGUCUGUGAAAUUUGUGGAUACAGUACUAAACAACUGGGGAACCUUGCUUUUCACAUGAGAAACACGCACAGUGAUGUCAGACCGUAUGAAUGUGAGUGGCCUGAUUGUGGAAAAACAUUUAAAGACCGGCAACUCUGGCAAAGACAUUCACAAAGACAUGAACUGAAUGUGGGCAACCUGGAAAAAGCCAAAACAUACGGACCAGUCUUUAUGUGCAAGAUCUGUCAGAAAGGAUUCUGUGGCAAGUACAACCUGGAGAAACACAUGCUGUGUCACACAUCAGAAUGUCCAUUGUCUUGUCAUUUAUGUGGAAAAGGAGUAAAAAGGAUGAGCAGUCUGCGUAGACACAUGAGAAAUGUCCACCAUUUUGAUCCCAAGACAAAUACAUCCAUGGUCACUAAAACCGUUAUCAGAAAGCCUAAAGCAUUGAUGAAGAAACAAAACGUGUCAUUAGAUUUAGCGUCAGCGACACUAGAAGAACAAGAAUCCAUAGAAGCAGACUUCAAAGAUCUUACACAGAUGGAGUAUCAGUUUCACUCCGAUGCUCAGCAGAAACUACAACAGAUUCUGAACCCCAUUGUAGAUGUUCCCGUGACAACUAUAGUGGCUGGGGAAUCCCCACAGAAAGCGAGGGAUUACCUCUCGGAGGCUCAGAGUCAGGUCAGCCUUCUGGAAUGUUCAGCCAACACAUCAGAAAACGUGAUAGAGGAAGCAGUGGACGAGUCCCAGAUCAUCAUAGAGAAUGCCGGAGAGCAGUACAUCAUCAUGAACCCCGACGGAAACAUCUCUAAUCUGGAACAACUCGGCAGGGAUAUCAUACUGGCCGUCAAAAAUGAGGAUGGUUCUGUUUGUUUUCAAAUGGUUGGAAAACAAUGAAAAGAGAGAACUUUUUUUUUCUUUUAUGUUAUAAUUAAAUUAGUUAAGUAAAAAUUGAUUAUCUUCUAGGUACAUGUAUCAUGUAUAACUAUUUCUGGAUAGUUUGCUGUGUAGCAUUUUAGUAUGAUUUUCAUGUUGAUAAUAAACUCUCUAUCAUAAAAUUUGAUAUUUUCAUCUCCAUGAAAUCCUUGUAUCAAGCUCUUGCUCACAGGGGCCAGUAACAUGCUAAAUUUGAUUUGAUUUUAUGUAAUGACUAUGUUACCUAAAAUCAAAUUUAGCAUGUUACUGGCCCCUGUGCUAUUGCUGUAUCUAAUAAAAAUGAAUUUUUUGUUUAAAGAAAAAAAAAAGACACAAAGAUAAUUGAUUUGAGAUUUUAUGUUGUUAAUUCCCAUUUUGUUUAAUAUACAGUGUACAUGUAUUAUCAGUAAUGAUUUUUUUUCUCUCAAAUCAGUUUCAGACAAUCCACCACUAUCAUACUUCAUCAAUUUUAUGACAUGACUCUUGUUUAUACCCAUUUCAAAGUUACUAUAUAUAUUCAUGAAAGUAUUGUCAUACUAGUGAUACAUAAAAUCUCAAAUCAGAAUCUCUUUGCCUUUUUUGAAACAAAAAAAAAAAGCAUAAUCAUUUCGCUAAAAACCAUGGCCCCAGGAGGUAGGAUGGGGAACCUGAAUUCCCUCUAUCCAAUAAUGCUUCAUGGCAAGUUUGAUUAAAUUUAGCACAGUAGUUCUGGAGAUCUUGAAAAUAUGAAAAGUUUAUUCUGUUGUCCAUCUGUCUGUCCGUCUGAAAACUUUGCACAUUUUUUACCCCUUCUCAAGAAUGACUUAGCCUAUUUCAACUAAACUUGCCAUAAAGCAUCUUUGGGUGAAAGGGGUUCAAGUUUGUUCAAAAUAAGAACCACAUCCCUUUUCAAGGGGAAAUAAUUGAGAAAUAGUGAAAAUACAAAUGUAUAGCUCAAAAUUUUACCCUAAAUAAGAAAUCUUUUAACAAUCUUCAAGCCAUGAAUGAUGAUAGUCAUAUUUAUUAUAUGAAACCAUCCUUAGGUACAUGUAGCAUAGAUUCAAAUUUGUUCACAUCAUGACCUAGGAGUAGGGAGAUGCCAGGAAUAUAAAUUAAUCUUCUCAAUACUGAUCUGAGUUCUGUUUUACCAAAUGCCCAGAUGUUUCUUUUCAAAGUUAUUGGUA